CGAAAGUGUUUCCUACUGUAAAGUCUCGGCUCCAUUUUGUGCAGCGUUUGGAGAAUGUAAACUUUAUCGGCAGAAACGGUGAUAUUAACGUCACACAACAAGAAUGUCGACUAAAGGAGUAUAAUUCAUCACAGCAGAGGAGAUCAGACUCUUCAGGACUCGGCUGUGUGUUUGUGCUAUCUUUACUAAUUUUCAAAGAUGGAUAAUCCUGACCGGGACAAAGAUAUUUCCAGGCUCUUAGAAGAACGUAAAUUCUAUGGAAACAGACCAGAAUCCCCAUCACCCAGCGGUGUCUCCAUUAAGAGUGUGAGGUCUAUGGAGCCUCCUGAGAAUUUUAGUGGUGGAGUUUCAUCACCUCUACACAGGAAUGAUCCAGCUAUUAAAGAAUUCCAGAAAAAUUUCAAAUUAAAUCUGAUGAAAAAGUUUCAGCAUUUGAAUGGAGUGAUAAUGAACCUGGGAACCCAAACACUCCUGAAUGAGAUCUACACAGAGCUCUACAUCACAGAGGGAGACAGUGGAGACGUCAAUAAAGAACAUGAGGUGAGACAGAUCGAGGCAGCAUCCAGGAGAACAACAACAGAGGAAACACCAAUCCAAUGCAAUGACAUCUUUAAGCCCUUAUCUGAACAAGACAAACCCAUCAGAACUGUGCUGACAAAGGGAGUCGCUGGCAUCGGAAAAACUGUCUCUGUGCAGAAGUUCAUUCUGGACUGGGCUGAAGGGAAAACAAAUCAGGACGUCCACCUCAUAUUUCCACUUCCGUUUAGAGAACUGAAUUUGAUGAAGGACCAGAAACUGAGUUUGAUAGAGCUUCUUCGUGUCUUUUUUAAAGAAACAAAAGAAACCAAAAUGUACAGUUUGGUAAAUGUUCUAUUUAUUUUUGAUGGAUUGGACGAGUGUCGUUUUCCUCUAGAUUUCCAGAACACAGUGAGUGUGUGUGAUGUAACUGAAUCAGUAUCAGUGCCUGUGCUGCUGAUAAACCUGAUCAAAGGGAAUCUGCUUCCCUCUGCUCUCAUCUGGAUCACCUCCCGACCUGCAGCAGCUGAUCAAAUCCCCUCUGAGUGUGUCCAUCGAGUCACAGAGGUACGAGGGUUCAAUGACCCACAGAAGAAGGAGUACUUCAGGAAGAGGAUCAGUGAUCAGAGCCUGGCCAAUAACAUCAUCACACACCUGAAGUCAUUAAGAAGCCUCUACAUCAUGUGUCACAUCCCAGUCUUCUGCUGGAUUUCAGCCGCUGUUCUAGAGAGAAUGUUGUGUGAAGCAGAGAGUGGAGAGAUCCCCAAGACUCUGACUCAAAUGUACACACACUUCCUCAUCAUUCAGAUAAACAUCACAAGAAAAAAGUACUCAAAGAAGCAGAUGAGGAGUGAUGAGGAGAUGCUUCUUAAACUGGGACAACUGGCUUUUGAGCAGCUGAAGAAAGGGAACCUGAUCUUCUAUGAGGAAGACCUGAGAGAGUGUGGCAUUGAUGUGAGAGAAGCAGCAGUGUACUCAGGUGUGUGUACGCAGAUCUUCAGAGAGGAGUUUGGGCUUCACCAGAGUAAAGUGUACUGCUUUGUUCAUCUGAGUAUUCAGGAGCACCUCGCAGCUCUGUAUGUGCACCUGAUGUUUAUGAUGGAAAAGAAAAAUGUUCUUGAUCAGGACGAUGAAAAUCAUCACUUACUUAGUCAUUUUCCAAUGUCGCUGGGACCUAGGGCCCAUCACAGAAGGCUUUGGGCACGAGGCAGGGUACACCCUGGACACGGUGCCAAUUUAUCGCAGGGCACACACACAUACACAUUCAUUGAUGAAAUUGAUGAUAUGGAAAAUGUUUCUGAUCAGUGGCAGGACGAUGAAAGUGAUGAUAUGGAAAUCUUAGAUGUACAUGUUCGUGCUAUACAUCAGGCUUUAAAAAGUCAGACUGGACAUCUGGAUCUUUUCCUUCGCUUUCUUUCGGGUCUCUCACUGGAGUCCAAUCAGGAUCUCUUACAGACCUUAGUAACACAGACAGGAAGAAGCUCCCAGAGCACAGAGGAAACAGUUCAGUACAUUAAGAUGAUGAUGAUUAGUGAUGAUUUUCCUACAGAGAAAUCUGUAAAUCUGAUUCACUGCCUGAUUGAACUGGGUGAUGAUUCUCUAGUGGAGGAAAUCCAACGAUACCUGAAAUCUGGAAAACGAAGUGGACUCUCUUCUUCACAGUGGUCUGCUCUGGUGUUUGUGUUACUGACAUCAGCACAGGAGCUGGAAGAGUUUGACCUGAAUAAAUAUAUCAGUGAAGAUAAGAUAACAGGGGCUGUUCUUCUGAAGGUGAUGCCUGUGAUUGCAGCAUCCAGAAAAUCAAUAAUCAGUUGUGGUUCAGUUAGAGUGAACGGUGUGUCAGCUCUGGUGUCACUGUUCAGCUCAGAAUCCUCAGGACUGAGAGAAGUGCAUCUGACCCUGGAAACACUCGAUCUGUCCGGGAAUAAAGUGGAAGACUCAGUAGUGAAGGAUCUCUCUGUUGUACUGGCGAAUCCUCACUUUAAAGUGGAGAAUCUGAGGUUGCAUGAUUGUGGUGUCUCAGAUGAAGGCUGUGCUGCUCUGAUUUCAUCUCUGAGAUCAAACCCCUCACACCUGAGAGACCUGGAUCUGUUGAAGAAUAAAGUAGGAGACUCAGCAGUGAAGUGUCUCUCUGCUCUACUGGAGAAUCGUCUCUGUAAACUGGAGAGACUGUGGAUGAUUAAUUGUGGUGUCUCAGAUGAAGGCUGUGCUGCUCUGACUUCAGCUCUGAGAUCAAACCCCUCACACCUGAGAGACCUGGAUCUGUCCUAUAAUGAUGUACGAGACUCAGGAGUAAAGUGUCUCUCUGCUCUACUGGAGAAUCCUCUCUGUAAACUGGAGACACUGCGGUUGGAGUCGUGUGAUGUCUCAGAUGAAGGCUGUGCUGCUCUGACUUCAGCUCUGAGAUCAAACCCCUCACACCUGAGAGACCUGAAUCUGUCCUAUAAUCAUGUAGGAGACUUAGGAGUGAAGUGUCUCUGUGCUGUACUGGAGAAUCCUCUCUGUAAACUGGAGACACUGAGGUUGCAGUGGUGUGGAGUCUCAGAUGAAGGCUGUGCUGCUCUGACUUCAGCUCUGAGAUCAAACCCCUCACACCUGAGAGUCCUGGAUCUGUCCUGUAAUAAUGUAGGAGACUCAGGAGUAAAGCGUCUCUCUGCUCUUAAGGAUGAUGAACAUUACAAACUACAGACACUGGGGUUGGAGUGUUGUGGUGUCUCAGAUGAAGGCUGUGCUGCUCUGAAUUCAGCUCUGAGAUCAAAACUCUCAGACCUGAGAGACCUGGAUCUGUCAGGGAAUAAACUAGAAGACUCAGACGUGAAGUGUCUCUCUGUUCUACUGGAGAAUCCUCACUGUAAACUGGAGAGACUGAAUGGUGUCUCAGAUGAAGGCUGUGCUGCUCUGAGUUCAGCUCUGAGAUCAAACCCCUCACACCUGAGAGACCUGGAUCUGUCCUAUAAUAAUGUAGGAGACUCAGGAGUGAAGUGUCUCUCUGCUCUACUGCAGAAUCCUCUCUGUAAACUGGAGACACUGAGGUUGUAUAAUUGUGGUGUCUCAGUUAAAGGCUGUGCUGCUCUGACUUCAGCUCUGAGAUCAAACCCCUCACACCUGAGAGACCUGGAUCUGUCCUGGAAUAAUGUUGGAGACUCAGGAGUGAAGCGUCUCUCUGCUCUACUGCAGAAUCCUCUCUGUAAACUGGAGACACUGAGAAUCAGUUGUGGUUCAGUUGGAGUGAACGGUGUGUCGGCUCUGGUGUCACUGUUCAGCUCAGAAUCCUCAGGACUGAGAGAAGUGCAUCUGACCCUGGAAACACUCGAUCUGUCCAGGAAUAAAGUGGAAGACUCAGUAGUGAAGGAUCUCUCUGUUGUACUGGCGAAUCCUCACUUUAAAGUGGAGAAUCUGAGGAUGAUUGGUUGUGGUGUCUCAGAUGAAGGCUGUGCUGCUCUGACUUCAGCUCUGAGAUCAAACCCCUCACAUCUGAGAGACCUGGAUCUGUCCUAUAGUCAUGUAGGAGACUCAGGAGUGAAGCGUCUCUCUGCUCUACUGGAGAAUCCUCUCUGUAAACUGGAGACACUGCGGUUGCAGUGGUGUGAUGUCUCAGAUGAAGGCUGUGCUUCUCUGACUUCAGCUCUGAGAUCAAACCCCUCACACCUGAGAGACCUGGAUCUGUCCUAUAAUAAUGUAGGAGACUCAGGAGUGAAGCGUCUCUCUGCUCUUAAGGAUGAUGAACAUUACAAACUACAGACACUGACAUGGCACGAUUAACAAGCAAAGAGAAGACUGCUCGUCAUGGACAGAAAGUCCGACCCUGCAGCAAGAGCAGAGUAUCUCAACAUCAAAGUACAACGGUUCUUACAGUUUCUUGCAUAAAUCCACUGUAGUCACGACAAGUCAUUUGCUGUGUUCUGCAGCUUCGGUAGAUUACAGUUACAACAACUUAUUUUACUGUAUCCUUUACCUCACAGUACCAAGGUCAAAAGCUUGUGUUCUCCACACCUUUCUGUAUCCUUCCGUGUCUUAACAACAACUUGCAACUAACGUGCGUGAUAGACAUGCAGCUACACAACUGUGGGAUGAUGUCACAGAACAACUUAUGAAAUGAUGUCACAAUACAACUUACGAGUAUAAUACUAAGUGUUUAAACUAACAAACUCAAUGGACUUAAUGUAUAAUGCUUAACUAACAAAUUGAAAUGAAAUAAACACAACAACAAAUUACAAGAAUGAAUUAUGGCCCUUACUAUGAGAAAAGAAAAGGGCCAGAAAAAGAAACUUAUUAUUUGUGAUAUUUGAAUGUUGAAAAGUUAAUUGAGAUGCAAGUAGUGUUCAUCCCUGUCCAAUAAAUCCAAAAGGUUCCAAAAAAGAGAUUCUUUACUCAGCUUCUUAAGUUCUUGAAGCAUUUAAUGUGUGUUGCAAUAAAAAUUAUAUCAUUUUAAAUGUUAAUGUCCUUCUGAUUUGUUAUAUUUAAAUGUUGAAAUGUUAUUCGAAUAAAAAGAGUUA